AUGAACGGAAAAAUCUUCCUUCUGGCUAUUUUUUUCCUGACAUUACACGUCGUGGCAUCGUACGACGGAACCGAUACCACGGGGACGAAUUACAAACCCAAAAAUGAAAAGUCCAAAAAGACCGGUAAAAAUAAUAAGACAGACAGUGAGGAACUUUUCACGGGACAGAACAUAAUUCAGUAUUUUAAAAACAUCCUAAACGAUGUGAAUAACGAUUCGACGGAGGAUAGUAAUGUUUCUGAGAAUGGAAAAUUAACAGGUCAGCUGUCGGAAGAGGAUCCUACAACCAACGGGGGAACGAAUGAGGAAGACGGAGACGAUGAGGAAAAUGCACCCGAGGAGGACGCCACACAGAGUGGCGAACAAAGCGGUGCUCCACAAGGUGGACAGAACGAGGGAGAGGUGCAAUCCCCCCCUCCAGCGCAAAGAGAGAAGUUCAGCGGAUCCAGCCUAGAUUAUGCAGACGAGCUGUAUGAAGAGAUCCUGAGCAGCUUAAGUAAAAAGGACGGUGAAGAAGGAACCAAUUAUGACGACAAAUAUAAUGACUUCAAAAAGGAAUAUGAUAUGUUCAUAUCGUUAAGUAAAGACGAAUAUGAAAUUAUAGGGAAGCUUAUCGAUGCAUUUUCUAUGUAUAAUGAUGGCAUAAAUGAAGACGCAGAUUCUGUGUACGAAGCCAUUAAGAAGUCCUUUACGGAUCCAAAAUUUAAGCAAGAAUUUAAAGAUUUUAUGAACGGCAUUUAUUCCUAUGCUGAGAGGAAGCAUCAUAUAAGAGGCGCCCAAACGGAGCAAGCAAAGACGUACCUCAUGCUCUUUCAGAACGUGUACAACCAGAAGAAGAAAAAUAAUCUGGAGCAGGAUGCCAUACACAUAUUGAUGAAGAAGUUGGAGAGUUUGUACAAACUCAGCGCGACCAACAACAGUGAAGUAUUCACCAAAGAAAUUGAGACUUUGAAGAAACAGAUUGACCAGCUGCAACAACAGGGUGGGGUAAUCGAAGGGGAAAGUCUAGGCCACCUUCUAGAAAACGAAGCUGCAAACGAGUCAAACACGACCAUUUUUGGAGUGGACGAAGACGACCUGGAUAACUACGAUGUGGACUUCACUGGACAGAGCAAGGGCAAAAUUAAGGGCCAGUCAAGUAAGUAUCAAAAGAAGGUGACGGGAAAUGAUGAAACGAGUGAGGGAGCACCUGGUGUUGGUGGGGCUGCGGCUGCAGCAGAUAAUGGACCUGUCGGUGCGUCCACAGCAAAUUCGGUUUCUCAGGGUGCUGAAUCCUCAGGUAAUCCCAGUGGUGUUGCAGGAGCGCCAUCAGGCUCAGGAACCCCAGAAACUUUAAGUGAACCAAGUGAGAUUACCUCCACAGGUGGAUCACAACAAAGCGAUGCAGUUGAACCCUCCACUGGGGAUAAUGUAGCAGCCAACGCAAAUGCAGCACAUCCUCCCCCCCAAGUGCCGUCACCAUCUGCAAGCGCUCCUGCGGGACAGGCUGCACAAGGACUCGUCCCGGAAGUGAAGUACCUGGACAAGCUCUACGACGAAGUACUUAACACGGAAAAUGCAAACAACGGAAUUCAUGUCCACCCUUACCACAGCAAAUAUAAUGAUUUUCGAAAGAAUUACGAGUUUACGAUGAAUGAGCAGGAGUACCAGAUAAUGAAAAAACUAUUUGACGUCUUCUUCAAGAAGGAGGAGGGUUCCAAUUCCGUUUGCCCCAUUGCGUUCUUCAAAAAAGUGUUAGAUGACUUGAGUUUGCAAAAACAGUUUGACAACUUUCAGAAAGGCCUCUACGGAUUUACAAAACGCCACAACUACUUGAGGGGCGAGAAGACGACCAAUGGGCAACUGUACGAUGAGUUGAUAAAAAAUAUCAUAAAUUUGCUGAACACGAUUGAAAUGAACCUUUUCUUGCUGGCGCAACAUCCAACAUGGGGUGCAGACGCCCCAGAUGGGGUCACCAACAUUUUUAAUGCCGAUCAUAAUUUGCUAAACUCGUUGAAGGAAAAAUUGCAUAAUUUAAAUGAAAUUAUGCAAGAUGGCGUGUCGGGAUAUUCCCAUGAAGUGGAUGAACCGGAAAAACAGGAAGAAGAAAAUGUAGAAGUGGAGGAGCACCAGCAUGGCAACACUUUGGAGGAUCCCACGGAGGAAAACGAGGGAAACGAAAAUGAUCUUCAGGAAAGCAUCCAUCUGAAUGAGGAUGCGGAUUUCAUAGGACAAUGGAUUAAUUUCGUGGCGGAAGACGAGGAUGAUCCGGAUGACCACGAUGAUGACAUGGAUUCCGAAGAGGACACGGAGGGGGAACAGGACGCAGAUGCACCUUCUUCAUCAGAUAUAGAACAAAACGGUGCGCCGGUUUUUCCAGCAGAGCAAUCUACACCACUGUCAAAUCCAAGUGACUCCUCUGUACAAAUAGGACAACAACAUGUCCAAGCAUCCGAAGAUAAUCCAUCAGGUCAAGAGAAUCAGGAGACUAGAGAGCAACAAGUUGCUGAGCCAGAGGAAGGUUCACUUGAAGGAGGACCAGGAACCUCACCUGGUACGGAAUCAGAAUCACAAGCUGACAGUCUACCCCCAAAUGUAGAAAGAUCAGACGCGCAACUUCCAGAACAAGAGGCUCAAAGUGGAGAAGCGCUAAACGAACAACAAAGCGACGCACCUGCAGAUGCUGCAGCUGGUCCAACGGAAGAACCAUCCACAGCAAUAGCAGUCCAGACCACAACAGAAGGAGAAGGCACCGCUGAAUCGAACGAUGUGAACAUUACGUUCUUGGACAAACUUUAUGAUGACAUUAUAAACACCUCGGAUAGUAAGAACGAGAUUCACAAUACACCUUACCACACCAAAUACAACGCAAUAAGGAACAAAUACGAGCUCAGCAUGAACCCUGUGGAAUAUCAAAUUGUGAAGAAUCUAUUUGAAGUUGGAUUUAACAAAGAAGGGGAAUCUUCAGCUGAUACUUCCUUUAUUGACAUUUUUAAAAAAGUCCUAGAUGACGAGAAAUUUCAAGACGAGUUCGACAACUUUGUACAGGGGCUAUACGGAUUUGCCAAGAGACACAACUACUUAGAAGCAACUAACAUAAUUUACCAGAACGAUGACUGUGCUCACAAAAUUAGAUUCGAUUCCUUGGGGGAAUAUAAACAGUUAAACAUGCAAAAUGAGGAAGAAUAUCUUCCUGCUGGGUUCCAUUUUGAUCUGAUCGCGGCGGACCAAGGGAAUUUGAUCAAUAGCAAAACGGAGUUCUUCGGACAGGGGAAAAUCAAACUUAAGGGAAAUGUGGACGGUGAGGAGGCCCCAAGAAAUAUUAAAAGUGGUCAAGCGGUGGGUAAGAUGAUCAGUAAAGCGAGCAAAUACAACGCAAUGAGGAAGAAGUAUAAGUUUAGUAUCAUGUCCGUGGAGUACCGAAUUGUGAAAAAUCUUUUUCAUGUCUGCUUCGAAAAGGAAGGAGAACAGUCCAGUGCCUCUUGUCUAGACAUUCCUCAGAUGGGACCCUUUCGGUAUGCUCCGAAGCUGUUUGGAGGAAGGAGUACCCCCCUCCUAGAUGGUCAACAGAUAAGCACGCAUUUUAACGAUACGUGUGCAAUCCAAAGGGGUUACGAAUACAAGGAAGCACUGAUGGAUUAUUCUGUCGCUAGCUUUUUCAGUUCAUUUCCCCGGCGGCUAUCCCUCCAUCGCUACUACUUAACUACAAUGAAGAGCGGAUUCGUUCUGGUCUCCUGCCUCCUCCUGCUCUGCACAGGGCCAAUCCUGGGAGAAGAAAAUAAAAAAGAGAAGAAAAGCACACACAAGGAAGAUGCAGAUAACAGCAUGAACGAUGAGUUAAAAGCACUAAAAGGGAAAUUGGAAAACCUAAAGGAACAAAUUCAUGAUGAGAAGUUACCAAAGAAAAUCACCGAAGAUCAAAUUCUCAUGUUAAAGAAAAAGUUGGAGGAAUUCAAAAAUUUAAAAAGUGCGCAAGAUGCGAAGAUGGCGGCCCGGUGGGGGCAGACGUCACAGGAGGACAAGGAUGAAUUGGACCUCAGCGAUAAGGAGUUCGCCUGGCAGAGCGUCAACGCGAAUGAGGACCCAGUAAUGGUGCCUAGAAGCGGCGUUAGUGUAGAGGGAACAACUGAAGGAGACGAUGGCGAAGGAGAAGCGGAAUCUUCAGAUAGUGUAGAUGCAGCACCUAAUGUAAGUCAAGAAGUUUCACCCCAACCCUCAAGUCCAGGUGCUCCAGGACCAAGCAGUGAACCCGCUCCGGAGGCUCCGGUUGGUUCGGACAAUCCUGCACAGCCCACGAACCCAGCCGGGUCAGUUGGUUCAGCCGGGUUAGCCGAGUCAGCCGGGUCAGUCGGGUCAGCGGCCCCGAACCAGAAGGUCAACUCCCCAGCGAAACUCCAUCACUUGGACCUACUGUAUGACGAGCUACUUGCAGGAGACAAUCAAAAAAAUAUGAUGGACGAAGGACAGUACCACAGCAAGUACAACAAUUUCAGGAAAAAAUAUGACCAACUCAUCCUAAAUCAGACUGAAUACGAUGUCAGUUUGAAGCUCCUCGAUAAAAUGUUAUCAAGUGGAAAGGUGGGAGAGGAAAAGAUAAAUGCGCUAAUAGAGACGUUUAAGAAGGCGAUGGACGAUGAGGAGUACGGUGAGAAAUUUAAAAAUCUCAUCUCCGGAGUUUAUGGGUUCGCUAAGAGAAAUAAUUUUUUAGAUGGGAGCAAGAUGAACGAUGAAAACUACAACAAGCUGUUCGAUUAUAUAGGCAGUCUGAUGAACACACUUCUGCUUUAA